AUCACUAGCUCUUCCUCUUCACCAUCACCGUAACCGCGAGCAGCUCCGGCGAGCGAUGUCUUCGCCGCCGCCGCCGCCGGCCGUGCUGGUCUCGAACGGCGCCGUCUCCCCGCACGCCCCUCCAUCCGCGGCCACCUUCCUAGAGUCAACCGCGGGCGCCUACACCACGGCGCGCGCGUCCCCCACCGGCGGCCUCCUCUGGUGGCCCCGCCAUCUCCUCCGCCUCGCCGACUCCGCGCGCCGCCUCGCCGAAUCCCACCCCCACCUCCUCGGCCUCCCGGGUCCUCCUCCCCACGCGCUCUCCGCAUCCCCCAUAGCGCCCCUCGUCAACCGGUCCGUGCGGGUCGGCGUCCACGAGAUGCGGAGGCUCGGGGACCGCGGCUCGGAGGACCUGGCGAUCACGGCGUUAGUCAGAGCCGACGGGUCUCCGGAGGGGUUGGAGGUCUGCGUCCACCUGGGUCUGUACGUGCCGCCGGUGUUUGGAGUGGCCGGCGCGAGGCUCGCCGUGGCCGGGGGCGGGAGGGAAGCCGCCGCCGCCAAGUACGCACCCUGGGCUAGGAUGAGGAAGGCUAUGGAGAAGAUGAGGCCUCCUGGGACCACGGAGCUCUUGCUCACCAACGACGGGGAUCGUCUUCUUGAAGGCAGUGUAACCAACUUCUUCGUCGUCUGCCGCAAGGAGGAACAUCUGUCAAGUGAACCAUUGUCUGUUCAAGCAAUGUCAAAUGAGAUUGAAGUACAAACAGCUCCACUAAGUGAUGGAGUUCUUCCUGGAAUUAUGCGCCAGAUAGUAAUAGAGGUAUGCCAUGAUCUAGGGAUCCCAGUAGGAGAGGUUUCACCAUCAUGGUCCAAGCGUGAACUUUGGGAAGAAGCCUUUGUUACAAGUAGCUUAAGGCUUAUCCAGCAUGUGGAGACAAUUCAAGUACCUUCAGUAUGGGAGGACAUAGAUUCAAAAACCUGGAACGAUGUAUCUUGGGUGGUGAAACAAUUUCAGGGCGCUGGAUGCAUCACCACACAGAUACAGAGGAAAAUAUCCGAGAGAGCAAUAAUGGAGGAAUAUAACAUAGCAAAUCUAUGCGAGUUAUGAAUGUUGUCAUUGUUUCUGGGUGAUGGGUGUUGGCUUCACCAUUAUAUGUUCUUCGGAGGAGGUCGCUGCCAGGGCAUCGCUGCUUGACGAUGUAUCCUCCUCUCCUCUCAGUGGGCAGUCAUGAGUGUCGUCGUGUCAUCAAAUUCCAAGAGAAUCCCGCCUUCCGGUGGCCACACGAAUGUAGGUUUCACGAGCGGCACAUGUCUGCUGUGGCGCCGACUUGGCUAUGACGGGCACUACCUCAGCCAUAUUGGGGCGGUCCGACGGGUUGGGGUUGCUGCUGGCCAACCCAAGAAGCAGCAAGCGGCUGGCAUCAUCAGCAUCAAAUUAACCCACCUUGUUGUCCACGGGUUCAAGCAGCCUCCACUCCCAAUGAGCCAUCCAGACCGAGUGGUUGAGCAGUUGGAAUGACUCAUGGUAGCCGCCGAGUGCCCGUGCUCCGAGGACGAUCUCAAGGAUCAACGCCCCAAGCGCGUAGAUGUUGGCCUUGCGUGUGGCCUUGUGACUAAUCCAGAGCAAUGAAGCUCCAAGUCUCGGCGACACUGAUGUCUGUGCAGGAGUUCUUUAAUAAGCAGGUGAUGGCGACCAUGGAAGAUUGGAAGGAAGAGUCAAGCACGAUGUUGCUCGCCUUGAUGUCACGGUGGAGUACCAUGUGCUCGUGCUCAUGGUGGACAUAGUGGAGCCCUGCGGCGACAUCCAUGAUGAUGUCAUAGCGGGUUUCCAUCCUAGGAGGUUGGGCUGUGACUGUGAGCUUCCUCGGAAGAGGUUCUGGUCCAGCCUUCUAUCAGGCGGAGCUCACCUUUCUUGCAACAUAUUAUUUUUGCGGGCACACUUUUCUUGUAACAUUAACCUGAAAUAUAUACGUAGAAAAUACUGAUUAGAGAAUAUCUCACUAGUUA